AUAGCCACUUUGCAUUGUCAACAGAUUAUUGUUUUGCUUCUUCUCUCAAGAUCAAGUGAUCAUUGGCGCCGGAUUUAAAGUGAAAUUUGUCCUCUCCUUUCGUGUUUUGUUUCUCAGAAUACAAGUGAAAUAACAUCAAAUCAGAAAAAAACCUGAAUCGAGGACACAUUGCGUGGGCUAAUCGAGAAAGAAAUGAAUGGCUUCAGACUUCAAAUAUUCCAAGCAAAAUCAACAGGUUGUAAGACAGGGUUUUCUCUGGUGCAUGGCAGCCAUCUAUUUAUUUGCUUUCACCUCUCUUUACGUCCAAAUACCAGGUCUCUAUGGACACAAUGGUCUACUCCCUGCAAGUUACAUUUUGCAUGACUUUUCAUCAUGCAUAGAUAAAAGUGCUGCUUGUCCAUUGUGGGCAUCAUCAGGAGAGUGUAUCAGAAACACAGGGUGGAUGGUGCAGAACUGCAUGAAGUCUUGUAACAGCUGUCAAGCACUGGACACAUCAGUCAGUGGAUUGUUCUGGAACACACCCACUCUUUUAUGGAUGACACCAUAUUUGGGACUGGAUACACCCACUGGCAUGGAGUUCUUGUGUGUUGUGGGCAUUUUACUUUCACUCGUCCUCCUUGUGUCACAAAGAUGCAGAAACUGCCUUACUUACCUGAUGCUGUGGUUCCUCUACUACUCCAUGUUACCAGUUGGUCAAAUAUUCAUUCAGUAUCAGUGGGAUGCACUCCUGUGGGAAUCAGGAUUUCUUGCCUUUCUGGUUGCUCCCUGGAACAUUGUUUUUGCACCCUGGAGAAUUGGAAAACUAACAUUAUUCAAGUGCAGAUGUCUCAGGUACAUCUCAAGGCAUCAUGACAAUGUAACCCUGUGGCUGGUUAAGUGGUUGUUGUUUCGUCUAAUGUUUGCUUCAGGAGUUGUUAAACUGACAUACAUGGACAAAACGUGGUGGGAUCUCAGCGCCCUCAACUGGCAUUAUGAGUCACAGUGCAUUCCCACACCAGUUGCAUGGUACUUUCAAAAACUCCCUGUUUGGUUCCAUAGACUCAGUGUAGUUAUGACUUACGUCAUUGAGAUCGGAAUUCCUUUCCUGGCGUUUGCUCCUGUGAGAAUUCUUCGUGUGUUUGUUUAUUGCAGCGAGGUAUUUCUCCAGCUUUUGAUUCUUCUCACCGGUAACUACAACUUCUUCAACCUACUGACAAUCGUCUUGUGUAUCUCGCUGCUGGAUGACAAGUGUAUUCUCUCUCGUAUGCAGUGUUUCCUGUGCAGACGGUGCAUGCGUUCAAGUUGUUGUCAUACGGCAAGCCAGCGAACAACAGUGAAACCUCGUACCGGAUACUCAGAGGUUAAACAAGAGGAGAGCUUAGAGGAAGACGUGGAAGGAAAAAUGGGCUCGAGAAGUGAUGAAGAUUUAGAAGCAGCUGAAAGUGAAAAUACACCAAGCUCAGAGGAUAGGAACACCGCAUCGAAGGGAAACACCAGCUCAGAAGAAAGUUCAACCACCUCUCAACUUGUGGAGUAUGUCUUGCACUGGAUGAACUCACGUCAUGAGAAUUCCAAAUUCAUUCAGGCCAUAGAAUUUCUUCAUAGCAAGAUUUUUGGUUGGAUGAAGCUGGCCUCUAUCUUAAUCACGUUUCUUCUUGUUUUGAUAAUUAUCAUUGUUUGUACUAUCAAGUGGUUCAGUAUUAAGAUCACUAAAGACGAAACCAUCCACUGCGAAACAGCUUUUACACCUGAACAGCUUGUAAACACAGUUCAACUUGCCACACAGUUUGCAUUGUGGAUGGGGUUUUUGUCUCUUUUAAUCGAAAUACUGGGAGCUUUUACUAGGUGCCUGUUGGAGCAGUGCAGCAAGCGUAGCAAGGUGUGGCAGCUGUUCCAAUGUUUCAUCUGGUCCGUUGUGUCUUUAAUGAUGUUUUCUGUUAGCUUGUACUCCUUCACAGCAGUUGAUCGUGUUGUCCAGCGAAGCCUUCCCAAGACGUUUGUUAAUAUGUAUCGACACACGGCUUAUCUGGAACUGACAAAUGCUUACGGCCUGUUCAGAAGUAUGACUGGAGUUGGUGGUCGGCCUGAGCUUAUCAUCAUAGGCAGCAACUCACUGGACGGUCCAUGGGAGGAAUACAACUUCUUAUACAAACCUGGCAAUUUAUAUCAGCCACCGCCCUUUGUUGCACCUCAUCAGCCCCGCUUGGACUGGCAAAUGUGGUUCGCAGCUCUGGAAUCCUACUCUGAAAAUCCAUGGUUUCUGAGCUUGAUUCAUAAGCUAAUGAAAGGACAAACAGACGUUUUACAGCUGAUGGGUCAAAAUCCUUUCAAGGAGUCUCCUCCAAGGUUCAUCCGAGCGCAACUGUAUCUGUAUCACUACACACGAAACACAUCAAGUCUGUGGCAAGUUUUGUUCCAUCCAAGCGGCGAGAAGGCUUGGUGGACGCGGGAAUUCAACAGAGAAUAUUUACCAUUCGUCGUCAAUAACAGCUCUUUGUCGACUUUGGAGAAUAUGCUGGAGAAAAAGAGAAUUUACCGGCCAAAUUUUAAGCCAGAGAACACGUGGGGCUUUCUUUAUGCACUGAUACGGAACUUGAGGGAGGCUCAUAGACGAAUUGCACCCACUACCCUCAUCAAUGCUCUUCUCUUCAUUGUGGUCACGUGUCUGGUGCUCAAAGUUUGGUGGAGGAGGACUGGAAGAAAGUUCUGCACGCUGUCUUUAUUUAGAGUUCACGAUAAGAGUAAGGCGACCUCAAAAGCUUCUGACAGGGAGGAAGACACAGACAUUGCGGACGAAUCGACGAACAAAAAUGUCUCUCGUUGGAAGCGGAUUAAUGUUACUGGCUGUAUGGAUAAACUGCGUGAGAUGAGCAGGGUGUUAUGUGAGAAAAUCACGACAUGGUGUGGCUUUGUGUUUUGCAAGCUUCAAGAAAGUUAUCAAAGAUGUUUGAUGUUAUGGAAGACGAGAAUGCCUUCCGUUAAGAAAAAAGCAUAACUCGCAAAAGAAGCAUUGAAUGAAUGUUCAGUCUUCAGAGGCUCAUCAGCUGGCCGCAUCCCUGUCAUCGCUGUAAAGCAAGGAGCGCCAGUGAACAAUCCGCAGAUGGCUAGACUGGCUGUAAAUUCAGAUUCAGCCGUCUUAUCGUUCCGUCAAGGACGUUUUGGCAAAAAUCGCAGGGAUUUGGCACUCAUACGCUUACCGGCGAGGCGUUUCCUUCCGCCGAAGAAAUUGCAGUGACUGAAUGAUAGCCAGAUUGCGCGGCCUAAUUAAGAAACUUUGCCCGUUGGUCUUGUCUAUUCAGUCCGACUCCUUUUACCUUUGUAUUUAUUCAUUCAACCCGGAAUUGAUAAUUUAUUAUUUAUUUACU